GUGCAGUAACCAGAUUUGUUUAAAUGCCAGGUAGAAGUGUUGACCAUUCAGCUUGUUAGUUAUGGGUAGUUGUUUAAAAGUAUGUGUGCUUGCAAGGAAAGAAGAAAAAAGUUAGUUCAUGCAUCACUUAGUGGAUUUGUUAGUGAAUGCUUGGCUGACAUUUAAUUAUUUAGGUCAUGUCUUGAUAUGUAAAGAUGAAGUAAAAUCUUGAAAUAUGAUUACAGUUUUUAUGGUGGAAUCUACAUUAUGAUUUACCCUUAAGGGAGAUAAGCUUGUUAAUGCAAUGUUGUGCUUGGAAAUGGGUUACUCUUGCCUCUAGUUCUUUUUGCCCUUGUCACUGUUACCUCACCUGAUUUACCGAGAUCUCUUUUUGUGGUGCAUUUUUUUUCUGUUGGAAGAUAAAAAAACAUAGGGUCUUACCUUUGUAGCAUAAAUAUCACAUAUGUAACUAGCAAGGCUAUUUAUGGAAAUGUCAAGAACAGUAAAGGUUAGCAAGAGCAACAUUUAGUACAUUACUUAUGAUAAGAUAAGAAAUGGGAAGAAACUUAUUUUUGCUUAUGAAAUGUAUGAAUCAAAGAGCCUCCAAUGUACAAUAGUGGGUAAAUGUACAUAACUGCACCCAUCAGUCACUGUUGUCAUUAUUUUACAUUAUCUUAAUUAGAAAUUUUGUUAUUAUCUCUAUCACUAGCAGAAAAUAAUUAAGAAAAUACAUGAGUGUAGUGCACCAUCAUACAUUUUUAUAAGAGAAUACCAUGCAGCAUGAGACAAUGUGCAAGUGUUCGUAGAAGCAACUCAUUAAUCUUUGAAAAUGAGGUGUUAAGAGAAGACAAGAUGCUGAUGUUGAAAAGAAUAAAAGAAGAUACAUAUUGAGAAAAGUUGAUUAAGAAGGACUUUAGUGUGUGUAUUUCACCAAGACAGUUGCCAUGUUUCCUUUGGGCGGUGGGUGGUGGCCCAUGACAUCACACAAGAGUUUUGAAGAAAUUUGGGAGAUACACUGAGGAGCAGGCCAUUGCAAACAUGGCCCUUCAUAUUGCCCAUUGACAGGGAAGUAUGGAAGAGUGCUCCAGUGUGAGAUCGACAGAUUCUGCAGGCACCAGUGAAGAGUAUGAGAUUGUGGAGAGUGAGCCAGUCACAGCCAGUACCCCUCAGCAGGACCACCCGUUGGAGCCCACACUGAACAUUGCCAACAACGGCAACAUGGAGGACCUGCGGCUGGAGCUGACAGAGGUCAUGAGAGAGAAAAGCUCUGAUGGAUCCUCCCCACCCACCACUAAUGGGACGUCUGCUGCCAGGAGAGGUGAUGAUGAAGAAGAGGAGGAGGAUGACCUACCAGUCUUCCCUUCACCACCGCCCCUUGAGACCCAGGCAUCCCGAGUGUCACAGAUAUCACAGGUAUCUCAGGCAUCAAGCCAGAGUGAGGGACCUGGUCGACCUGAUGACAGGACCCUUGGGGAGAACAAUCCAAGUUUCUCUCAUCAGACUGCUUCAGAUGACGACAUGGAGCGGGUGCAUGCUGAGGAUGGUAGCGGGGACUAUACCAUCUUCAACCGAGUGACGUAUCUGGGGGCGGCCUCGAUCAAUGCACCACGCAGCGAGGGGGAGAUCCAGCGUAAUAUGGCAAUUCUCAAUGCCCAGGCUCAGGAGCAGGCGCUGGAGGUGUCUGUUUCUGUCCCUUCAAACUCUGAAGGCUACGUGAUAGUUUAUGAUGCCAACAACAGCACAGAGAUGACACGGUUCAAAAUCCACCGCAUCUUGUUCUGUGCUCGGGGCAAGGCAGACACUUCAGAGGCUUGCUGUUUCGCCUUCACCUCAUCUCAUGGGGACACCCAGGAGACUGCCAUCUUCCAGUGCCAUGUGUUUCGCUGUCAGAUCCCUGAGGCUGUGGCACGUGUCCUAAUCACUUUUGCGGCAGCAUUUCGACGUGUGCCUAAGAGCAAGAUGGGUCAGCGUGAGGAGGCCUGUCCCAGUCGGCAGCCAGAUGAUCUCAUCCACCUCUUUGAUAUCUCUUUGGAAAUCAAAGAGGAGGAUAACAAGGGUAACUUCAACACAGUACCACGAGACAAGGAGUUCUUCAAGCUUCGGAGCAACAUAGAGAAACAGCUUGUACUGACAGUGAGCCCAGCCCCACCCAGCAGCCUCCCCAGCAUGGCCCACCACCCUCCAGCUCCGGCAGACCUGUGCGUUGAGAGAUGCUUUGGUCUUCUCGUGGCCCAUGGCAGGAGAGUGAAACAUGCUGACAUGAACUUGCUGGAGAUGAAAAUGGCCGUCCAUGAUCACUCACUGGCAGAGACAGUGAGAACUCAAAAUGGAUGCAAAAAUGGAUUCUCAAACACAUCCCAUGUUUUUGGGGUAAAUGAGGUGCAGGUUUCCAUGGGCAGCAGUGUGAGUGACAAGAAGAGCUAUGUGAUCUCAGGCCACUGGGACCCUUGUGAUCCAGUGUUUGCUGUGCUCAAUCAAGAAACACCUAAGGACCGACGGGUGUUCAUGACAGUUGCCAUAGAUCUAGUCAUCCGAGGAAUCCAAGAGCCAGUGCGCUUCACAAUAGAGACCAAAGUGCGGGUGUAUCCACAGAAUGAACGUUUCUGGUAUUUCAGCAAGAAACCACUAGUGCACCUCUUCUCCCUCAAGCUCAAGCAAGUGGACCACUCACCACAGGGGGACAAGCAGUAUGUGGUCACUGCUGUAGACAAUCUUGGGGAGGUGGAACGAUGGCGACCCUCCACCAUGUCCCUCUCCCUGAAUCUCUCCUCCCUCACUUCUUCCACUCUCUCCUCUCUCUCUGCUGGCCGCUCCCCAUCCAUUGCCUCCAUUGAGACACCAGGUUGUGAAGAGGACACAGAUGAUGAUGAGCCCCUGCUGAGUGGAUCUGGUGAAGUUUCCAAGGACUGUCCACAAGGGGAACUGGACCUUUGGAGACAGCUGUUGCAACAGGAGGAAGUGUUGCCCAGGAUGCAGGCAGACUCCCAUCACCAGCUACCCAAGGGUGUGGCAAGUCUUGUAAAGCGUGGUGUGCCAGAGGCUCUGAGGGGAGAGGUGUGGCAACUACUAGCUGGUUGCUCUCAGAACCAGGACAUGAUGGAAACCUACAGAGUGCUGAUAACCAAGGACUGUGCCAGUGAUCAGGUGAUCCUCAGGGACAUCAACCGCACCUUCCCUGCUCAUGACUACUUCAAGGAAGCAGGUGGGGUGGGGCAGGAUGCACUGUACAAGAUCAGCAAGGCAUAUGCAGUCUAUGAUGAGGAAGUUGGGUAUUGCCAGGGACUCUCCUUCCUAGCAGCUGCCCUCCUCCUGCAUAUGCCAGAGGAACAGACCUUCUGUGUUCUCAAGAGAAUAAUGUUUGAGUAUGGGCUGCGAGAGCUCUUCAGGGAUGGCUUUGAGGUGCUGCACAUGCGCUUCUUCCAACUGGGGAAACUGAUUGAGGAGCACAUACCUGAGUUGUGGCAGCACUUCCAAGAGCAAGGUGUGGAGGUGCACAUGUUUGCAAGCCAGUGGUUCCUCACACUCUAUACUGCCAAGUUCCCUCUGUUCAUGGUGUUCCACUACCUUGAUCUCUUCCUCCUCAUUGGACUUGAUUCAGUCUUUCAAGUGGCAUUGGCUCUCCUCCAGAUGUCCAAGAAGGAGCUGCUGUCUUCUGAUUUUGAAGGAAUACUCAAGUACUUCAGGGUGUCCCUACCCAAGAAGUACCGCAAUGAAGAUGUGGCUAGACAGCUCUUCAAACUGGCCACCUCAAUCAAGGUGAAGAAAAUUAAGAAGUAUGAGAAGGAGUACCUUGCCCUCAAAGAACAAGAAGCCCUACAAGAGGACCCAGUGUUGCGACUGGAGAGGGAGAACCGUCGCUUCCUGGAAGACAAGAUGAGGCUUGAGCGGGAGAAUGAUGACCUUGCACAGGAAUUGGUGAACAGCAAGAUCACCAUGAGAAAAUGCAUGGACCAGUUGGAGGACAAGUGUGACUCCCUAGGGAAGGAAGUGGUGAAUCUCAACACUGUGUUGUCUGAUGCUGAGGAGGAAAAGAAACGUUUACUUAUGGAAGCCAAUCAGGUAAAAGAACUGCUCAAGAGGGAGGUGGAGAAAGGGGAUGUUGAGACUCAGAGCAAGUCAGCCAUCAUUGCUGAUUACAAGAAUAUCUGCUCCCAACUCUCUGAAAGGCUGGACAAAGAACAAGCAGCUAAUGCACGCACUAUCAACAUGUACAAGGCUAAGGUGGCUUCAUGUGAGAAGUGUAGUGCCUUGCUCUCCCCUGUCUGUGGCCCAACAGUAGAGAUGGGUCUGGAGGAGUCACCUGCAGUAACCAGGCUCCAGCAGCAGGUGCGGGAGCUGGAGCUGGAACUGGCCAAAACCAAGCUGGCUCUGGUAGAAUCAGAAUGCAAGAAUCAGGAUCUGACACAUCAGCUGACCACAGCUGUGAGGGAGCUUCAGGCCACCAAAAAUACAUGGUUCCAGAAGACACUCACCUCCUUCUCCUCCUCCCUCAAGGAGCGCACUGGCUCCUCCUCCUAUCCCUCCUUUACCACCACCACCACCACCACACAAACCACCACAGCUCCUGCCACCACCAGUGUAGUCACCUCUGCCACUACAAGCGCUAAUGUUCAGCGUCAGAUUAGUAAAGACAGCAACUCUGAAAAAAUAUAGAACAUGCCUCUUCUCAUCCUCCGCAACAUUAUAUAUUUCAGAAAACUGGCUAAUGUGUGAAGUGUAUUUAGAAAUGGAAGGGAAGAGUAGGCUAGUAUAAGGAUACCUUUGCCACAAAUGACUAUGAUAGUGGAGGAGAAUGAUGUGCUUAGUGUUGGGAAGUUUUAACUGCAGAAGUAUUCCUGGAAAUUGUGCAGUGAUGAUUAGAAAAUACAUUCCAGCACCUCAAGCACUUUCACCAUUCUUUCAUCCCCAGUCUUGUCAAGUGUGUGAAGAGAGAGUGAGGGGCAUCACAAGAAUGAAGGCUGUGGUAGAGCACUGGUGGCAGACUGAAAUUCUCUGAGGUGGUGUGAUGCAAUGUAACUACUAUGAACUAUGAAUGCACCACAUUGCUACUUAGCUAGUGUGACUGCUCUGCUAAGGACUUGCCUGUGUCACGGUCACAGCAUCUUCUAUUUCUUCUGCUGCUGCUACUUUGACUACUGCUACUGCUACUGCAGCUUCUACUACUACUACUCUACUAUUACUACUACUACUACUCUACUAUUACUACUACUACUACUACUACUAUACUACUGCUGCUGCUUCCACUACAAGAGAAUCCUGGGUUACAAGCGACUUGAUUGAAGUUUAGACUCAAUUUUACUCUUUUUUUCCAGUUUAUGAAUGUAGAAUGUGCAUUGCCCAAAAACCUCACUAAAAUUAAAAUAAUGAAAGUGCUUUAGGUAUUUUUCAAAUUUCAUUUUAAUUUAUACAUUUUAUAGAAUGUAAUUCAUCUGUACGUCCUAGUUCACUGCUGCUGCUACUACUACUACUACUACUACUGCUACUACUACUACUACUACUAUGACUACUACUACUACUACUAAUACUACUACUACUACUACUACUACAAACUCUACUAUUACAAAAAAUUUGCUGUUUCCAGCAUCAACACCAAAACAGUUUCAUGUGUGUGUGUGCAUAUGUUCCAAUCAUGUGCUUGUAUAUGUGCCUAGGAUAUAUUCAUACCUGUACUUAACAAAAUACUACAUACAUUGAGCUAGGUAUUAGAAAGCUUUUUUUUUUUUAGCAAUACACAGAAACUAAAACUAAGUUAGUGUGAAGCUUUCAUUGAGGGGAGCUUCAGCACAGUCCAGGGAGAGGGAGGGCACAUGGGGAGGGGAAGGGUCUCAUAGACAUAAUAUUCCAGAUUGUAUUGCAAGUUAGGUCUAAUAGAAGUCUUUGUUGCUGUAGCAUAAUGGUGAAGUGAUGGAACUUGUAAAGAAGCACCAAGAUGAAGAAGCUUGAAGUGAUGGGAUGAGGGGAGGAAGGAGGCAUGUUUGAGGUGAUGGGAUGGAAGGAGGAAUGAGGAGGCAUGGAGGCACAAGGUGACAUUAACAAGGAUGAUGAGAGAAGGGCCAUUUAAAGGAGGAAUGAGGAGGCAUGGAGGCACAAGGUGACAUUAACAGGGAUGGUGAGAGAAGGGCCAUUUAAAGGAGGAAUGAGAAGGCAUUUAGUUAUGAUGUAACAUGAAAAAGAUGAAAAGAUAGGGUCCAUAUAUAUAUAUAUAUUUUUUUUUUUUUUUUUGAGUGAAAUCCAGUUAUUAUGAUGUACCAGAAGUGGACACAAUAGGUGAACUUAAAUAGUGGAAUUUAAAAUGUGACAGUACUAUGGAAGUUAAACAGAUGAGAUAAAAAUAAUAAAAUAUUCAGAAUGUGUAAAAAACUUAAAAGGACAAAUUUCAUACAGGAACUAAUAUGUGUUGAAAACAAUACAGGAAAAACAGGGUCAGUCAAUGGCUUUCAUAGUGUUGCAUAUUUAUGUAUGUGGUAGAUUUUUGUUCUUAGAUCUGCCAUUGUGUAGAAUUUGCCUUGAUGGUAAUACAUACAAUUAUGUACUUUAUGUACUUUUAAUAACUAAUCAGGAUAUGGUUCCUGGAAACAGUUUUGCAAGAAUUUCUUUCCUUUAUGGAGAAAAGUUAAAUUGCCAAGGAAACUUGUUAAUUUUGAUAUAGAGGGGAUGAGAAAGCAGGCAAUUUCACUGUAUCCACAUGGGUGAGGUGAAAACUAUUGAAUAUUUUGUAUUUGCCAUCAAUCAGGAUCAUUGUAUUUUUCUUUACUCAUUAUAGAAACAAAUCAAGGAAAUAUUGACAUCCUAUUCCUGCUGCAACAUUGUGUUUUCUUUCAUUAAUAAUAUUGCAUUGGUUCCAUUAUUAUACAUAUAUACAUGUUGUAUGUACUCUCUUGAUUUCUGAGACUUAUUAAGAAUAUCUCAAGUCACUUGUACAUAGAUAUAUAUUAUAAUCAAGAAAGUAAUUUGUAUUCAUAAGUUAUAAGAUAUUUACUGCACACAAGAGGUAUUUCUAAUAAAAAGAAGCUUAUAUUAAUGUGUACCAUGUAAAAGUCUAACUUCUCUAUGUAUAUGAGAGAGAGAGAGAGAGAGAGAGAGAGAGAGAGAGAGAGAGAGAGAGAGAGAGAGAGAGAGAGAGAGAGAGAGAGAGAGAGAGGUGUGUGUGUGUGUGUGUGUGUGUGUGUGUGUGUGUGUGUGUGUGUGUGUGUGUGUGUGUGUGUGUGUGUGUGUGUGUGUGUGUGUGUGUGUGUGUGUGUGUGUGUGUGUGUGUGUGUGUGUGUAAUGGCUGACAGAGACCCCCCCUUAUGUCUCUGUUAAUAACUGUUAAUGAACAUACUGCAAAAAAAAAAAAAACAAUGCAAGUACUUACUACACCCACACAUCUGUUUAGGAGAGCAAUUUAGAAAGGAUAUAUUUAAUUACAUGCAAAUUUAGUAGCAGUUUUUACAUGCAAUUAUAUUAGUGGGUAGGUGAAAAAGACAUUGGAGCAGUCAGGAGAGUGCAAACCCCCAAGGAUAGCAAAGCCUGGGCACUGGCAACCUGGUAGCAGGAGUGGAGUCUUGCCAGGUUUACUAUAGUUACAGUUCUACAAUUAUCAUUUCGAUAUACUCAUAUGUUUCAUAAUACAUAUACAUACAUGCACAUUUCAUUAACAUUGUACUAUAUAAUAUUUAUUUUGUGAUAAUAUUGUACCUCACUGUAUUGUUUUGAAAUAUGAAGUAUACACCCUCCAGUCAUUACUCUAGUACAGGGUCCAUGAAGGAAUAGAAGUGGUUUUGAGAGAGAGAGACUCAGAACUGGACCCUGAGAGUGAUGGGCUGUUGGGAGGUAGAGUGGAGCCUUUAACCCUGUCACUGGUAUAGUUGUCCUCUGGGAACAUUCACACUACUGUAAAAUAAUACUUGGAAGGACACAAAUGAGAGAACUGGAACUUAUGUUUUAUCUUAGCUACAUAACUAUUUAAGCAACUGAUGUACUAUAACAGGUUACUGAAAAGUUGUGUAGCAGUGAAAGGGUUAAGGCAUGUCAGCUUUGGGGCUUGUAAAUGGCACCCAGACCUCCUCAUGUCACACACUGUUUUGUUGAAGUAUUAGGGAGGUGGAGAGGCACUACCAUCUCCUUGAAGGAAAUUCUACUUAAUAUAAACCUUAAUAUGUUAAUUUAUGCCAUAGUCUCUCUUAGGUUGUAUUUAGUGAUGGUUAUAGGUUAUAUUUAUUCUUUAUACAAGUUUUUAAAAAGUUAUAUAUAUUGAAGUUAUGAUUAUUAUCAGAAUUAUGUUAUAUGAAAGUUCAUAAUAUUGUUUGUAAGGAAGUAAUAUUAUUUGUUGAAGUAGGAAUAACAGAACAAAACUUGGUCCCUUUCCACAUACUGGUAUUGCUUGGGUAAGUUGUGGUGUUGCUCAGCUUGACAGCAAUGCAGGGGUGUGUGACAAGGGACCCACAGCCCAGCACCACCACUCAGUCAUGGCUGGAGGCUGCCAUCACUGUUUUCUGUUCAAGAUAUGUAUUGUAAAUAUGCUGAAGGAAGGAAUAUGCUCAUACUCAUAUGCCAUUUUUAGUGCUACAUUCUUUUUCAUAUAAAUGUAUGUACGCAUGCAUGGGCUGUAUGUUGAUUUCUGUUUAUACCAAUUAUCUCUAAAAACUAAUAAGGAAAAAUUGUGCUGCAAGUGCUUGUUAGGUCAGUGAAUAGCUGUAAGUUAUGUUCAGUAAUAUGAAGUCACAGUCCCCCUUCCCUCCGAUGGCAAAACUUGUGAUACUGCCCUUCUGUACCUCUACACCAAAUACACAAUAAACUCAC